AUGGUGCUGCCGCUGCUCCUCGCACUGCUGGCGCUGGCCGCCACACUCCCCGCCCCCGCACUGGCGACGCCGUCGGAGCACAUAAUUGCGUUCAACGGCUCUGCCUGGGGCCCUGUGGUGGAGGAGAGGAAAGCGGCGCUGGAAGCGGCCAUCGUGUCAGACGUUGACGCCGUUUUGAAGCGCACGUUUGUCUUCGACACCAACACCACCGUCAACUCCCUCGCCGCCAGUGGCGGUCUGGAGGUUCGCGUCACCGUGCAGCAGACGCUGCUGCCCGACGCCCCCACCCCGAAGCUGCAGAACCACUGGGGCCCGGAGGAGGUGAACUCGAUGAUCACUCGUUCAGGCUUCCCCGCGACGCUGGCGCUGUACCCGGGACCGGGCAAGGCCGUCCUCGUCAGCGCCUACGUCCCGGGCGAAGGAGAGGACGAUCUUUGCGUGCACGGGCAUCUGCAAGGGCAUGAUCGUCAUGGGUGUUGCGGUGUGUGCGGCGAUGGUUAUUGUCUUUCUUGUCGUUAUGUGCUCCAUGUGCUGCAUUUGUUGCCGCCAGAAAGAGUUUCACCGGGAUGUGGCCCCAGUCUAAUUGUCGCAGCCCGUUCCUCACCUAAUGCGACAAAACUAACCCAAUUGAGUUUCAGCCCUGGUGCAGUUGGUAGAAAAGUGUAG